AUCUAAGCAUAUUACAUUAUAUAUUUAUAUUAUUAUUACUUACUAUCAUUUGAAGUAUUUUUAAGUCAUUUAUACUUUAUAAAUUAUAACUGUUUGCAGAUAUGUUGGACAUGUUUUGUGAAUUUUUAACUUAGAAUUGAUCAUAUUCAGUAUUUAAAAAUUACAUUAUAAGAUUUGCUUAUUGUUUCUGAAUAAACAUAAUAUACAAAAGGCUGUAUUAGAUUUUAUGCUAAUUAAUGUUUGUAUAGAUAAUUGACAGGAUGGCAUCAAAUGUGAAACAUAUUAUUUUAGUGAUGUCUGGUAAAGGAGGAGUUGGCAAAUCAACUGUGAGCACUCAGUUGGCACUUGGAUUAGUAGCUAAAGGAUAUCGGGUUGGCAUAUUAGAUGUAGAUUUAUGUGGACCAUCAAUACCAUAUUUAUUAAAACUAGAAAACCAAGAGGUACAUCAAUGUGAAGCUGGUUGGGUUCCAGUUUAUACAGACGAGUCAAAAUCUUUAGGUGUCCUUUCAAUAGGAUUCUUGACCAAAUCCAGAAAUGAUAGCGUUGUGUGGAGAGGACCAAAAAAGACUGCAUUCAUAAAACAAUUGCUUUCUGAUGUUUUCUGGGAAGAUGUUGAUUAUCUAAUUAUUGAUACACCACCAGGCACAUCUGACGAACACAUAACAGUUAUGGAGAAUAUUAAAGAAACUCCAUGUGAUGGAGCAAUACUUGUAACAACUCCACAACAAAUUGCUUUGGACGAUGUCAGAAAAGAGUUGUCGUUUUGUCGUAAAACUAGUAUUCCAAUACUAGGAAUAGUUGAGAAUAUGAGUGGUUACGUUUGUCCUAAUUGUGCUGAGUGUACAAAUUUGUUUUCAUCCAAUGGUGGAAAAUCUUUAGCUGAACAUUUCCAAGUUCCUUUCUUAGGAACUGUACCAAUAGAUCCGAGAGUAUCUUCCGAAACAUCAAAAUAUGUCGGUUUAACUCAUCCUGAAUCACAAAUGGCAAUAUCUUAUAACUCAAUUGUUGACCGUGUAAUAAAUCCAAACUGAUUAACCUAAUGAAUUUUUAUACUUAAAUACAAAUUUAGUUUCAUUGUU